AUGCUCAUGGCGCGGGACGGGGCGCGAGACGAGGCCCAGAAGCUGCACCGCAAGUGGAUGAAGCACCAGGCCUUCAUGGCCGAGCUGGCACGCAAUAAGGAAUGGCUGGCCAAGAUCGAGCAGGAGGGCAAGGAGCUGAUCCAGGAGCAGCCGGAGCUGCAGUCGGUGGUGCAGCAGAAGCUGGAGGAGAUGCGGGAGUGCUGGAGCCACCUGGAGAGCACCACCAAGGCCAAGGCCCGGCAGCUCUUCGAGACGCAGAACCACCGGACCCCCGGCGCCGGUAUCACCGCCACCACCGACCCGCCCGCUAAGACCCUGACCGACCUGGAUCAGCAGCUGUCCCUGCUGCAGGAGCAGCCUCCAGUGGUGGGCUCCGCCGCCGCCACCCAGCCCACCCUACUGCAGCCCAGGCCCUCCUUCAGCCAGCAGCUGCAGAGGAUACAGACGAUGGAGUCGCAGCUGUACCGCGGGGUGGGGGGCAUGUCACCGCUGGAGGGGUCCAUGACGGAGAUGGGCAUGCUGAAGAGCCUGGAGGGGGAGGGGCUGGAGCGGCCGGCUGAGACGCGCAUCUGCCGGCUCAUCGAACCGCUGAAGGAGCGCCGCCGCAUCCUGCUGGCCUCCAAGGAGAUGCACCAAGUCAGCCAGGACCUGGAGGACGAGAUCGUGUGGAUACAGGAGAGACUCCCCCUCGCAUCCUCCAAGGAAUACGGGAACAACCUGCAGAGUGUGCAACAGCUGAUGAAGACAAAUGAGGUGCUGCAGUUGGAGCUGCAGAGUCGCAGGGAGCGAUUGGAGGAGGUGUUGGCGAGGGCGGCGGCCGUGGCGGCCCUCUGCACGCCCGAGGCGGAUCUGGUGAGGGAAGGGGCGGAGCACGCCAGGCAGCUGUGGGAGGUGCUUCUGGUGGAGGCGGAGCGUCGCACUGUGAUGCUGGACGCCGUGUUCCAUGCCCAGCAGUACUACUCGGAGGCGGCCAAGGCUGAGUCCUGGCUCAGCGGACAGAAACUACAGGUCAUCAACGAGGAGAGGGGCACGGACGAGCCGAGCACGCUGAGGCUGCUGAAGGAGCAGCUGACCCUGGAGGGGACGGUGGAGGGCUACGCAGAGACCGUCAGCUUCCUCUCGCAGCAGUGCCGCCGCAUGCUGGAGCUCGGACACCCUGACAGUGAGCAGAUCACCAAGCAGCAGUCCCACAUAGACCGGCUGUAUGUGUCUCUGAAAGACCUGGUGGAGCAGCGCAAGACAAAGCUGGAGCAGCAGUACUGGCUCUACCAGCUGAAGCGCGAGGUGGAGGGCCUGGAGAAGUGGAUCAACGACCGCGAGGCGGUGGCCAGCUCCACCGAGAUGGGACACGACCUGGAGCAUGUCACGACUCUGCAGGACAAGUUCACCAAGUUCACAACGGAGACGCGCGCGGCGGGCCAGCGGCAGAUGGAGUCGGUGAACAAGAUGGUGAACGAGAUGAUCGACUGCGGGCACGCGGACGCCGCCACCAUCGCCGAGUGGAAGGACGGCCUGAACGAGUCCUGGGCCGACCUGCAGGAGCUGAUGGAGACGCGCAGCCAGAUGCUGGCCGCUUCGCACCAACUGCACCGCUUCUUCACCGACUGCCAGGAGGUGCAUGUCCAAAUUGAGGGGAAGAUGCGCCAGCUCCCGGAGGUGCGAUCCUGUCAGAUGAGCAGCUCCAACACCACAUCGCUGCCCAGACUGCUGCACUCAUUUGAGCACUCGCUACAGCUGCUAGUCACUCAGAUGAGGCAGCUGCAGGAGAAUGCGGCCCAGCUGCGGGCCAUCUACGCUGGGGAGAAGGCGGACGCCAUCUUGGCUCGCGAACAGGAAGUGAUGCAAGCGUGGCGGGAGCUGCUGGUGUCGUGCGAGGCCAGCCGCGUGCAGGUCACCACGGUAACCGACAAGGUGCAGUUUUUUGCUCUGGUGCGGGAGCUGAGCAUGUGGACAGAUGGCAUUAUGGGGCAGAUUGGACCCUCGCCGGACAGCGCAAGGGAUGUGUCAGGUGUGGAGACCAUGAUGUCUCAGCACCAGAACCUGAAGGCCAAGAUGGAGGCCAAGAGCAAGGUGUUCACCCAGUGCAUAGAGACCGGCAAGAUGCUCCUGGCUGCCUGCAAUCCUGCAUCUGAAGAGGUGAAGGAGAAGCUGGAUCAUGUGAUGGCCAAGCAGAAAGAUCUGAAUGACCGAUGGGACCUGCACUGGGAGAAACUGCAGAAUACGCAACAGAGACUUCAGGAUGCCCAGAGGCUUCAGGCCGAGAGGGCGUGGCUAACGUCCAAAGAGCCAAUGAUCAGCCCCGCCAGCCCGCGGGAUACGCUGGGCGGGGCUGCAGGGUCGGGAGGAGCCGACGAAGUUGAGGCUCUGAUUCGCCGGCACGAGGCGUUCCGGAAGGCCGCAGCCACAUGGAAAGAACACUUCAGCUCCUUGAGACAGGCGGAGAAACUGAAGGAGGAGAAGAGCCGUCAGCAGUCCACCUCGUCGCUCCUCAACAGGCAGAUGUUCCCCCUCUCCUGCCUGAUGCCCAGCUCCUCCUCCUCCUCCUCCUCCUCCACACCCUUCCGCCAGAGCCUCCAGGACCAACUCGACAUCAAGUCGGGCCCAGACAUCCCCCAGCUGGCGGCCCAGUCCCUGGCCCAGCGGCUGGGCGCCACCAUGACGGGCGGUGGUGGCUCCACGGGCCCCAUGGGUGGAGGUUCGCCGUUGGGCAAUAUGGGUGGCUCGCCACUGGGCUCCCUGGGGGGCUCACCGCUGGGCACCAUGGUUGGUGGUGGUGGCGGUGGUGGUGUUGGUGUUGGUGGUAGUGUCUACAACCCCGUCAUGAAUGGUUCGUCCUACCACGGCCUCAGCCACCAGCAGCAGCUUGGUGUGGGUGUGGGCGUGGGUAUGGGUGUGGGUGUGGGUGUAGGCCCCGUGAUGGACAACCAACAAGGCUACCAUGUGCUGGCUCAUCAGGCCCAGCAGCUGGCAGUGGACGGCUCCAGUUACAUGGGGCUGAACCAGCACCAGCAGGGCCUGAUGGGGGUGGACAGCUCGAGCUACCAGGGGCUGAACAAUCCUGGGAUGGCAAUGGCAGGGGUAGCGGCGGGGGUGGUACCCGGUGCCGGGAUGAUGGCUGGGGUGCCUGGUGGGGUGGUGGUGGUGGUGGUGGCCGGUAUGGGCAUGGCGGGGGGGGUCGGAGGGCUUCCUGGGGCCAUGGUGGCGGGCAUGGGUGCGGCGGCGGCGGGCAUGGUGCCCCAGGACGCCAAGAUGGCGUACGCCUGGCAGCACCUGAAGGCCGACUGCAUGCAGCCCAAGCUGAACCACAUCCACAAGGCCGUGCCCGCCCUCCUGGAGGCCCACCAGGCCCAGCAGCAGGCGCAGCAGGCCGCCCUGCAGCAGGAGGGGCAGCCCAUGAGCGGGAUCCACCCGGGCAUCCACCCCGGCAUCGGCAUCGACGGCCUGGAGCUGCUGCACGGGCGGCUCCAGAGGGACCCCCGAGGCAGCCGCUCGGACCCCCAGAUGGACCACCUGCGGCGGGAGCGCGAGUACAGGCUGGGCCGGCAGACCUCCAGCGAGCAGGAGAUCCAGGCGCGGCUCAACGAGCUGCCAAUGAUCGUCAGGCAGGAGCGCUACCGCCGGCGGCUGGAGCGGCAGUCGUCCAGCGAGCAGGAGCAGGCCAGCGGGCAGCCGAGCGACAAGGAGUCCACCGGCCGCGAGUCCGUCGAGAAGAGGAGUGGGACUGGAGAGAAACGCUCUAAUGUACAAUGUACAAUGGCAGAGAUCGUUGAGCAGGUUCAAGAAAGAGAGGCUGCACAUGCCCGUGGCGAGACGUACCGCCCCCCUAGUGUACUUUCAGCGCCCUGUGGCCGAAUGGACCGCCCACGAGCAAGGGACCGACCCAAACCGCGGCGGAGGCCGAGGCCCAAAGAACCAGAAGAGACCACCCGACGCUCUCGCUCGGCGCCGGCCCAGUCGCCCGUGGUGCCCGCCAUUCCCAGCCACACGGUCAGCGCGGAGGGCUUCAUCUACCGCAAGCACGAGCCCGAGGGGGCCGACAAGAGCCCCAACAGCAAGUCUUGGAUGUACCUGUUCUGCAUUCUGGCCAAGGGAGAGCUGUCCUUCUACAAAGACCCGCGCUACACCGCCACCACAUAUAACGAAGAGGCUCCCGUCAGCCUUAACGGCUGUACCUGUGACACCACCAACAAAUACAAGAAUAAGAAAUACGCCUUCACGCUAAAAAUCCCAAAUUCGCCUGACCAGCUUUUAAUGGCCAAGGAUGAAGAUGACUUCAAGAAAUGGGUAUCCGGCAUCAACGACUCGGUGAAGGAGCACGAGGACAUCGCCAAAUGGGAGAAGACCUCCGCCGGAGAGCCGUCGGAGCAGCAAGGGGGCCGCUCGGAGGGCGCCGAUCGCUCGGAGGGCCGUUCCGAGGGCAGGUCCGAGGGUCGUUCUGACGGCAGGUCCGAGGGCAGGUCGGAGGAGGGCCUGGACCGCUCGGAGCGAGCGGACGGCUCGGAAAAGGCCGACGGCUCGGAGAAGCUGGACCUGUCGGAGCGUCUGGAGGGCCGUGAUCGCGGGUCCAGCACGUCCGGCCGAAGCAAAUGA